AUGAACUGCAUCUCAGAUUUCUUCACCUACGAGACCACCAAGUCGGUGGUUGUGAAGAGCUGGACCAUUGGGAUCAUCAACCGCGCCGUUCAGCUUCUCAUCAUCUCCUACUUCGUGGGGUGGGUUUUCUUGCACGAGAAGGCAUACCAGGUGCGGGACACAGCCAUUGAGUCCUCGGUGGUGACCAAGGUGAAGGGCUUUGGACACUAUGCCAACCGAGUCAUGGACGUGUCUGAUUAUGUGACCCCACCCCAGGGCACCUCCGUCUUUGUCAUAAUCACAAAGAUGAUUGUAACCGAAAACCAGAUGCAAGGAUUCUGCCCAGAGAGCGAGGAGAAGUUCCGCUGUGUGUCAGACAGCCAGUGCGGGCCCGAGCGCUUCCCAGGGGUGGGGAUCCUCACGGGCCGCUGCGUGAACUACAGCUCUGAGCUCCGGACCUGUGAGAUCCAGGGCUGGUGCCCCACCGAGGUGGACACGGUGGAGAUGCCUGUCAUGAUGGAAGCUGAGAACUUCACUAUUUUCAUCAAGAACAGCAUCCGUUUCCCCCUCUUCAACUUUGAGAAGGGAAACCUCCUUCCCAGCCUGACUGCCGCCGACCUGAAGACAUGCCGCUUCCACCCCGACAAGGCCCCCUUCUGCCCCAUCUUGCGGGUGGGAGAUGUGGUCAAGUUCGCGGGGCAGGAUUUUGCCAAAUUGGCCAGCACGGGAGGAGUUCUGGGCAUUAAGAUCGGCUGGGUGUGUGACCUGGACAAGGCUUGGGACCAGUGCAUCCCCAAAUAUUCCUUCACCCGGCUCGACAGCGUUUCUGAGAAGAGCAGCGUCUCCCCAGGCUACAACUUCAGGUUUGCCAAGUACUACAAGACGGAGAACGGCAGUGAGUACCGCACGCUUCUGAAGGCUUUCGGCAUCCGCUUCGACGUGCUGGUGUAUGGGAAUGCUGGCAAGUUUGACAUCAUUCCCACCAUCAUCAGCUCCGUGGCAGCCUUCACCUCUGUGGGAGUGGGGACUGUCCUCUGCGACAUCAUCCUGCUCAACUUCCUCAAGGGGGCCGACCAGUACAAAGCCAAGAAGUUUGAGGAGGUGAACGAGACCACGCUGAAGGUCACGGCCUCGGCCAACCCGGUGUACCCCAGCGACCAAACCACAGAGGAAAAGCAGUCCACGGACUCAGGCGCCUACUCCAUUGGCCACUAG